CCGGGGGGAGGCCGCGGGGGUCCCGCGGAGGUGCGAUGCCGCCUAAGGAUCGCGGCAGAGGCAAGCUGCCAGUUCCUCUCCCAAGAGACAUGAUCCUGAAAGACACCGAAGGGAAAGGCUGGAGACUGGGCAGUCAGAUCGGCCAGGGAGGAUUUGGCUUGAUCUAUUUAGCUUCCCCUCAAACUCAUGUUCCUGUAGAAGAUGACGCAGUGCAUGUAAUUAAAGUGGAAUAUCUUGAAAAUGGCCCCUUAUUUUCUGAACUGAAAUUUUACCAGAGGGCUGCGAAACAAGAGCAUAUAAGAAAAUGGAUGAAUCUCAAAAAAAUAAGAUGUUUAGGAAUUCCGGUGUUUUGGGGAUCAGGCUUGGCUGAGUACAAGGGAAAAAGCUAUAGAUUCAUGGUCAUGGAGAGACUGGGGAAAGACCUUCAAAGAAUCUUUGCAGAUUGUGGAAGCAGAUUUAAGAAGGAGACUGUUCUGCAACUUGGGGCACGAAUGUUGGAUACUUUGGAAUAUAUACAUGAAAAUGAGUAUGUUCAUGGUGACAUUAAAGCAGCAAAUCUACUUUUGGGCUACACCAAUCCACAUGAGGUUUAUCUUGCAGAUUAUGGACUUUCCUACAGAUAUUGUCCCAAUGGGAACCACAAACAGUAUCAGGAAAAUCCUAGGAAGGGCCAUAAUGGGACAAUAGAGUUUACCAGCGUAGAUGCCCACAAGGGAGUAGCCCCAUCCAGACGAGGUGACCUUGAAAUCCUUGGCUACUGCAUGCUGCAAUGGUUAUGUGGGAAGCUACCCUGGGAGCAGAACCUGAAGGACCCUGUAGCUGUCCAGACUGCGAAAACAAAACUUAUGGAUGAGCUCCCAGAUUCAGUGAUGGAAUGGGAUUCUUCUGGAAGCAGCUGUAGUGAAAUAUCCAAGUUUUUGGCAUGUGUUUAUGGCUUAGCUUAUGAUGAGAAGCCAAAGUAUCAAGUGCUCAAGAAAAUUCUGCUGGAUGGGCUAGAGUCAAGUGGAACUCGCUACGAUGGGCCUCUGGAAUUUUCCCCUGCAGCGUGCAUGCGAAAUCACUGUGCUGCUAAAGUGUCAAAAGUUCGCUUACCAAAGCCUACGCCAAAACCAGUUCAGCAGAAGCAAAAAAAGAUGGAAGGUGAAGAAUACCUCUGUCAAAACAAAGCCUGUACUGGGGAAACAGGCAGCCAACUCCAAGACGAAGCAAAGCCAAGUAAAUUAAACAGGAUGCUUCACCAACCAGAGCCUCGGCAGCGUACAGGAUUACUGUCUGCACAUCAGCAGGUUCACCUACCGAAGCCUUCACCGAAACCAGUGCAACCGGAGCAGAUCAAAGUGAAAGAGGAAGAAUCUAACUGCCUAAGCAGGCCCCAUGCUCGGGUAACAUGCCGGCAAUUCCAGGCUGAAGAGAAGCCAAUUAAAUUUUACACUGCGAUUCAGGAGCCUGACCACCCACAAAAGAAAGACACUGCAAGAGAAUUACCACCAUUCGACCCCCAAGUGAUAUUCUCAGAAUCCAAAAAGAAACACGAUCCACUCUUAACUACGCAUCAUCCAGCAUCGUUGCAAGGAACUGGUUCUGAUGUCACUAGUCCUUCUAUAUCUGUUAUAUUUAGGCUUGCAUUUGCUGACAAAACCUACCAGUACAGUAUAGCUAUACUUGUACUUCUGCCACUAAUACUACUUUCCUUGUAUUUUCUUUGAUGUUCCU